AAGGUUAGAGGGAGAGAGAGAAAGGUUUAGUUGAAGAUUAGUGGGAAAACGUCCUGGUUUCCCAUGAGAACUAUGAUAUCGUAUCAGAUGGAGCCCGAUCUUUACCCCCGUUCCAGAUGGCUCUCCUGAAAUUCUUCUCAAUCUAUAUACCCAUAUAUCUGUAAUUUAUGUUUUGUAUCUCCAUGAGAAUAGAAGAUAUCAUCUAUUUCACCAUUGCUAUAGGUUUAAUUGGUUUACUAUUUGAUUAACCGAGUGACGAAGUUUACAAACCAAAAUAAACCUGAUUUCGACCCGAUUAAAACCUGAUUUUGACCCGAUUAGAAACAUAACCCUCAACCGAGAAAUCCCUAAAAUCACAUUUUAACCUCUUUUUUGUUUUCUCUCGCGACGAACCCUAGAAAAUCAAAUUUCACCAUCGAUUUCUCAAAUUGAAUCGAUGGAUUUAAUAAUCCGAUCUGGUUUUGGGCAACAAGAUGGUAUUGGGCAAAGAGAUGGUGUUGGAGAACGAGAGUACGAUGAAGAAGGAGAGGAUCGAGAUGAAUUUCACGUCGAUAUGCUUGCUCAGGAAUUUACCGAUGCUGAAGAGUCGAUUCGUCAUGAUACGUACCCAGAAAGUGACGACGAGGAAGAAGGUCGUGGUCGUGGUGCGGGUCGUGGUCGUGGUGCGGGUCCAGAGAGGGUGUUUACGGAUAUCGGACGUGGUGAUGGAACUUUGUGGAAAGACCAAUCCUUCUACAAUGGGGUCGCAUUCAAGGAGAGUGUCUUGGACUAUGCACUACAUACUGGUUACAAUUUGAAGCAAUACAGGUAUGACAAAGAUAAACUCGGGUUUAGAUGUGUUGGGGAUAAGGGCAAUUGUGAGUGGAAAGUGUUUGCUGCACUUCUUCCAAACGCAUCUUUGUGGAAGAUUACGAAAUACAUUGAUAAGCAUUGUUGUACCCCCAAUGGCGAGUGUGAGAUGUUUAAGGUCCCAGUCAUAGCUAGAAUUUUUCUCGAUAAGAUUAGAGAGGAACCGGAUCAUUACAAGCCUUUGAGGAUUGAACAGAUUAUCAUGGAAAGGUGGAAGAUAUCCGCUACUAGGCCACAAUGUCAAGCUGCUCGGAGAAAGGCUUUGGGAUGGAUAGAGUAUGAGUAUGAACAACAGUUUGCACGACUGCGAGAUUACCAAGCUGAGAUCUUGGAAGCAAAUCCAGGGUCUGUUGUGGAGAUUGAUACAAUUAAGAAUGAUGCUGGUCAAGACGUCUUCAAUCGGUUUUAUGUUUGUUUCGAUGCCCUUAGAAGAACUUGGAAACAGACUUGCCGGCCAAUAAUAGGAGUUGAUGGCGCCUUCUUAAAGGCAAAGAUCAAGGGACAGUUGCUUGCUGCAUUAGGCAGAGAUGCAGACAAUGGCAUCUAUCCAAUAGCCUGGUGUGUUGUUCAAGUUGAGAACAAAGACAAUUGGUUAUGGUUUGUGAAGAGAUUGAAGACUGACCUGGAUCUAAACGAGGGAGAUGGUUACAUUUUAGUGUCUGAUCGACAAAAGGGGUUGAUAAAAGCUGUGGAGUUGGAGUUACCACAAAUAGAGCAUAGAAUGUGUGUUAGACACAUCUAUGGGAACUUGAAGAAGACUCAUCCUUCCAAGAAGCAAAUCAAGCCACUCCUCUGGCAUAUGGCUUGGAGCUAUAAUGCAAAACAGUUCGGUGAGAGACUGGAACAGAUACACGCUUAUGACACUGGUGUGUAUGAUGAUGUUAUGAAGUCGAAACCAAAGAGCUGGUGUCGUGCCUUCUAUAAGUUGGGGGGUUAUUGCGAAGAUGUUGACAACAACUUCACAGAAUCUUUCAACAAGACCAUCGACAAAGCAAGGGAGAAACCGUUUGUGGCAAUGUUGGAGACAGUUAGAAGACUGUCUAUGGUUCGGAUUGCCAAGCGUUCAGCUCUCUCUCAUUCUCACAAAGGUAAUUAACUUUAUUCAAAAUUUAAUGCAAUUUUCUACGAUUGUCUAUGAUUUUAUUCAAAGACUGUCUAUGAUUUCUACAUAUUUAAUGCAAUGUUCUUGGUUUUUGAUGUUUCAGGUUUAUGUACUCCAUAUGUGGCAAGGUUUCUUGCUAAAGAGCAUGACAAAGCUUCGGAAUGCCAGGUGCAUCCUUCUACUAAUGGGUGCUUUGAAGUCACACUGGAUGG